AUAAGGCUGCCAGCAUGGCCUGAUUGAAGAAUUCAUCAUCUCAAACUACAGACUCAUUCCAUUUCAUCGCCAUUCACAGAACCCUGUAUCUUUCAGUCAGCUAAAAUGCCUAUUCUCUCCAUCAUCCGACCCGACAUUCCCGCCGCCAGCAAGGACAAGUUCCUCGAUGCUUGGCCCGCUCUUGUAGAAGACCUGCGGGCACAGCCCGGCGUCCUUCAUGCCACAGGUGGCGAGGUCGUCGUUGAAGACGGCCAAAAGGUGGAUGAAUUCAAGUUCAUCCAGUGGGUUGCUUUCAAUAAUGCCGAAGACGAAGAGGCUUUUGUCAAGUCCCCAUGGGCUCAGGAGCACAAGGCUCGACUGGAGUCCCGGGGAGUUCCCGAGCCAUCCGUCGGGCGAUUCGAAUUUCCCGAGGAUUCCGCCAAACCGACGCCGCAGCCUUUUGUUCAGUUGACGAGCACGACGCUAUCCAGCGACAGCCAGAAAGACGAGGCCCGCAAAGCCUGGACCGAUCUGGCAACUCUGCUGGGCAAGGAGACCCGCGGCGGCAAACUUCUCCGAGACGAUGUCUUCGUUGGUAUCGCCUUGCUGGGCUGGAGCAGCCUUGAGGAGGCAGAGAAUGCUUACAAGGAUCCCAAGAACGCGGAGGCCCUUGCGGCGUACAAGAGCAUUGGCGAAGUCAAGAGCGUCCUCGUGAAGUUGCUCUAGACGCAUUCAUGAACAAGAACCUGUUGCAAUGUAACAAUCUAGCUAGAAAUUUAGCCAUCCACUGUAAUGCUGGAUGGCGAGCAGUAUAGGC